AUGAGUCCGGCGGACUCUUCGCAACUCGUACCAUCCCCAACGCCGCAAGAGCGUAUUCGCGCCCUUCUUCGCUCCAACAUCGAAUUGGACACCCAAGCUGCCGCGGAACUCCGCUCUGUACAGGAGCACGGGCCGGAAGAGCUGGUGGUGUAUGACGACUGGAUGGUGACCUCAGAAGCUGGGCCGGAGAGAGCGCGACUUCAGUCUGAGCGGAGAAAAGCCGCUGACUAUGUUGCUGCCUGCGACGGCGCGCUGACGUGCCAUAUUCGUCGGUUGCCGAACGAGCUGCUGGGGUACAUUUUCGAGUAUUGCGAGCCGGACCGCGACGCUAAAGUCGCCUUGGACCCCGUGUAUACGCUGAAGAGGUUCCAUGCGCUCGUAAAGAGGCACUUGUGGCUGAUUUCUGGGGUUUGCUGGCGCUGGCACGCGAUUGUCACCGGAACGCCCUCUUUGUGGACACACUUCAGCGCGAAUCUGCAUCUCUGGGGCCACGAGGUGGUCGAGCAGCGGACGCUGGAGCGCGUUCUCGCAAAGUCCCUCGACAGAGGCGUCCCCUGCCCGCUUUCGUUCCAGAUUGGGGCGGUAACGGACAAACGAGCCCCGGAUUAUGUGUAUACGGGCGUGCUCCGCCUGCUUGCGGACCAUGCCCACCGGUGGAAAGUGGUUUCGAUUAGUUUCGACGACGGCAGCUGGCCAUGGCUGGCGCACGCCUGUGGACGAUUGGAGAACCUGGAGGUCCUCGACGUCCAAGUAGGAGAACAGAACCCCGGCGUGGUAUCCAACCCAUAUUUAUAUGCUUUGAUGCCAACAUUCGACUACGCACCCAAGCUCCGGCGUUUUGCGUUCACUGGCGACUUGCGGAACUUGAUUAGGUCGAUGCCCUGGCACCAAUUGGAGCUCUUCACGUACUCCAGCUGUAGCAACGAACAGCUGCUCAAUCCUGCUCUCCUUCGCUGCAUUCCACUGGCAAAACUGCCGCCAAAAGCGAUACUUUGUCUUCGGGCGGUCCUGGAAAUUUCCCAUUCAAGUUGGACCGAAAUGAGACCAGUACCGCCUAUCGCUUGUAUGGUCCACUGUCUGGUCCUACAGCUGUCUCGGACUUCCAACGAGACGGACGACGUGUCUCUUGGCAACAUAUUUGCAUCAUUGUCCCUCCCGCUCGUCUCACAGCUGCACAUUGCUCCGCGGAUGAUUUCAGUCCCCAAACUGCAUCUCCCGCUAUGGAGCCGGGCACAGUUCUCGGCGCUUUCCGAGCGCUCGGGCUUCGGAAUGACGCUGCGGCAUCUAAUCCUGUUUGUGGAGAUUUCGGUGGACGACUUGCUGCACGCGCUCACCGACUUGAUUCAGCUUGAGGAGCUGUGGAUAACCGACCCCGCGUUGGGCAAGCCGGCGCUUAUCACUGACGUGCUUCUUGCCGGCCUCACGGUCGCCUGUUCUGACGUCCUCCUCCCUCAGCUGAUAUCGCUGACGGUUUCCACGCACCUUACUUUCUCCGAUUCCGUGCUGCGUUGCUUAGUGGAGAGCAGAGUCAAGAGCUUGGAUCAUUCAGAUAUGAUGUUCUGCCUAGGGCUCUACUGCAUGGGCCGCGAUCCCCGAAGCGUCGACGCAGAGGUGUUGUACAGGUUCGCAGAGUUGGUGGACGCUGGUGUGCUUGAUUUGGAUAUGAGGGAAGCUAAUAUGGCAAGGUUUUACAUGCGAUAA